UAUUUCAAACGGAGACCUCCCUCGUCCGCUCUCCUCGCUCGCUCGCUCGCUCGCUCGAUCGCUCACUGCCAAAUUUUCUGACUUGCGCAGAGAUCCGCUCCCUCUCCUCCACACUUGUACGGUUGUACCCCCACAAAGCCCUCCGGGGCCUCCAAACUUUCCAGCCACAGCGAUAUCCCCCGGCUCUCGGAUCGUUCCUGAAAUUUCAAAACCCUAACUUCUCACUGCAGUCGCCCUUUUACUCCGCCUCUGAUUUCUCUGUCCUCCUCCACUCGUCCGUCCCCUCUAGAGUCUAGAUCGCGUCGCGUCGCUUAUUCAAGCCUUAGGGUUUUAUCGGCUGCUUCCUUACUGAUAAAUCAGUCUGUUUCUGCGACGGGCGGUCUCAUUCAUUCAUGGAGCCAGUGAGAAGCCGUGUUAGGUUCCAAGAGGCCGCGGAGGAGUCGGAGCCGGAGAACUUCGCCAGCGAAAAAGAGGCAGGUGCUGCUACUAGUUCCGCUCCUGCUGCAGCUGCUUCUGCUGCUGCUGCCGGGAUCGUCCCCCUGAGGUUCGAGCUGCAGGAAGAUCCUUCCUUCUGGAAGGAUAACAAUAUCCAGGUUGUCAUUCGGAUACGACCUCUCAGCAGUUCUGAGGUUACACUCCAGGGACACAACCGAUGUGUCAGACAGGAGAACUGUCAAACUCUUACUUGGAUUGGACAUCCAGAGUCACGAUUUACCUUUGAUCUUGUUGCUGAUGAGCAUGUCAGCCAGGAAAAGCUGUUCAAAGUGGCUGGUGUGCCAAUGGUAGAAAACUGUGUGGCAGGUUACAAUAGCUGUAUGUUUGCAUAUGGUCAGACUGGUAGUGGAAAGACACAUACAAUGUUAGGUGAUAUUGAAGGUGGAACGCGUAGGCAUAGUGUUAACUGUGGGAUGACACCUCGAGUAUUUGAAUACCUUUUCUCAAGAAUUCAGAGGGAAAGAGAGGCUCGAAGAGAUGAAAAGUUGCGAUUUACUUGUAAAUGUUCAUUUCUAGAAAUAUACAAUGAGCAAAUUUUAGAUCUACUGGAUCCAACUUCUGUUAAUUUGCAGAUAAGAGAAGAUGCAAGGAAAGGUGUGUAUGUGGAGAAUCUCACAGAAUAUGAGGUUUCAAGUGCUCGAGAUGUUAUGCAACAACUGAUCCAGGGAGCAGCAAAUAGAAAGGUGGCCGCAACAAAUAUGAAUAGAGCAAGUAGCCGUUCUCAUAGUGUCUUUACUUGCGUCAUUGAGAGUAAGUGGGAAUUACAAGGAAUUUCCCAUCAUAGGUUUGCGCGGAUUAAUCUCGUAGACCUUGCAGGUUCAGAGAGGCAGAAGAGCUCAGGUGCUGAAGGGGAACGCCUUAAGGAAGCAACCAACAUCAACAAGUCACUUUCAACAUUAGGACUUGUGAUCAUGAAUCUUGUCGGUGUUUCCAAUAAGAAGUCAUUCCAUGUACCUUAUCGAGAUUCAAAACUGACCUUUCUUCUUCAGGACUCACUAGGAGGGAACUCAAAAACUAUUAUUAUUGCAAAUAUUAGCCCAUCUAAUUGUUGUGCAUUGGAGACACUAAGCACAUUGAAAUUUGCGCAACGUGCUAAGUUCAUUAGGAACAAUGCCAUAGUAAAUGAGGAUGCUUCUGGUGAUAUUCUUAGCAUGCGUCUACAGAUUCAGCAGUUAAAGAAAGAGGUGAAUCGCUUACAAGGAUUAGUCAAUGGCAGCUCUGAGAAAUUGGAAAAUGAUAGCUUUAGUGGAGCUCCUUCUGAAUCACCUGCAUCUUUCAAAUGUGAUGGGAGUCGGGGAUCAUUUAGUCCACUAACAUUUGAUAAAAGGUUAUCACAGAGGAAAGAGUAUGAAGCUGCACUGGUUGCAUCUUUUAAAAGGGAGCAAGAUAAAGAAGCCACAUUGAAGGCAAUGGCUGCUGGGAAGCAGGCCGCAGAGCAGCUGGCUGCUCAAAGAACAGAAGAGAUAAAAAGUUUAAAAAUGAGACUCCGGUUCCGUGAAGAAGGAAUUAGAAGGUUGCAGUCGGUUGCUUCAGGGAAAUUAUCAGCUGAAGCACACCUUUUGCAAGAGAAGGAGGAGCUUCUGAAGGAAAUAGAACUUCUCCGUAACCAGGUUGAUCGUAAUCCAGAAGUUACUAGAUUUGCUCUGGAAAAUUUGCAGUUAAAAGAAGAGCUUAGAAGAUUGCAGGGAUUUGUUGAGGAAGGUGAGAGAGAAAGGAUGAACGAACAGAUAACUGUUUUGCAAGACAAGUUAUUAGAAGCAUUGGACUGGAAACUUAUGCAUGAGAAGGAUCAAGAUGUCGUUCAGGAUCUCUCCUUAUCUUGGGAAUCUUCUGGAAAUGAAGAAAAUGAGUUUCUUCGUUUGCAGGCGAUUCAAAACCAAAGGGAAAUUGAAGCACUUCGGAAGAAUUUAAAUUUCUGCCUCGAAGCGAAAGAAAAGCUGGAAAGGCGGGUGGAUGAGCUAGUAGAGCAGUUGGAAGUGAAUAUAAACUCUCAUCCUAUGAAUGAAGAUACACAGGUGAUGCAACUACCUGCCCCAAAAGAUUCAGAUAUACAUGAUUUACCAGAUGCUCAGAUGGAACUUAAGACAAUGGUUGAUGCAAUUGCCUCUGCGAGUCAAAGAGAAGCAGAAGCUCAUGAAACUGCCAUCUCCUUGGCCAAGGAGAAUGAGGAUUUGCGAUCGCAGCUUAAGGUUCUUAUUGAGGAUAACAAGAGAUUGGUUGAUCUCUACGAGAAUGCUGUUGCAGGUGGUGCCACCAUUCAUCCUGGAAGUCUUUGUCAAUCUGAGAUUGGUGAAGAACAAGAUAACAGCCUGUCCUGUUAUACCGAACAUAAAAAUUCCAGCCACGACAACUUUUCAUGUACUAAAGAUGCCGAGAACCUGGAGCUCCAACUCCAAGAGAUGCAUGAAGAGAAUGAGAAACUAAUGGGUUUGUAUGAGAAAGCCAUGCAGGAAAGGGAUGAGUUCAAAAGAAUGGUUCAUGAACUUAACACAUGCCACAAUAAAGAAGAAAUGCUGUUUCCCGAGAAGCAAAUGGAACUGGAUGAAAAAGGAUGUUCCGUGAAGAAAAGCGAGAAGAACAUUGAGGUACAUGCUGCAUACACAGAAUUGUCGAGAGAAGUGUUGCAUCUGGUCAGAACAAAAUUGAAGCAGGUGCAGCAUAAGGUUGUUGCUACAGAAGAGGCUGUCCAAUAUUUUGAAUUGCUUGAGAGUGCAACCAAAGUGAUAGAUGGGCUUUCAGCUGAUGUUCAUGUCAUGCAGCAAGAUGUUCAACUAAAACAACAAUUUGUCAUGGAUCUGAAGCUUGUUUUGUUGCAGAUGCAAGAAAGGAAAACUAUUGCUGAUAAUAAGUAUUUGGCUCUAAAAUCUGCACUCAAUAGUUUCUCUUUGAAAGCUCAUCAAUGGGAAGAAAGAGAAGCCCAAGCUAGGGCAGGGGUUGAUUCAUACAUUCGAUCUCUGGAGCAAAAGAAAGAAGAACUAAGAUAUCUUCAAGCGUGCAAGAAUGAACUCUUUACUGCUUGCGCAGCGGCCCUGCAAUCUGAAUCUGAUCUGAGAAAUAAAGUUGAUGGAUUGAAGCAGAAACUGCGUGAUGCAGAAGCUCGAAAGAAGGAGAAUGAAAGGGUUCUAUUUGCAAUCGAUAAUGUUGCAGCACCCAAAUCAUCCUCCCUGAACUUUGUGAAAGCUUCUGAGCUUCUCAAGUCCGAGGAAGAGCGCACAAAACUAUUAACUGAGAUGAAGCAGUCACGUGAACAGCUUGUUACGGUACGGAAGGAGACUGCAGGUUUAAUGUCAAAAUCGGAAGCACUGGAUGCCCAGAUUGGAAGCCUUGAAGCAGGAAUAAAGUCCUCUUCCAUAUCACUGCAGGAGGCUGAGCUGGAGUACCAGCAGGUUGUCCGGGAGAUGAAGAUGUUCUCAGAGAUGAUCGAGGAUGGUAGGGCUGAAUUUGGAAGCUUGUUUAUCGACUUUCAAGACUGCAUAUUCCAAGUGGACUUGAAAGAGGAAGAGAUCAGAAUGUGCGAGGAGUAUGUGCAGCAGGGGAUGAGAAGCUUGGACGAGCUACAUGCCAAACUAAAUUUGGCAAUGCGAAGGUUGAAUCAGCUUUGUUUUGCAUGAGGAGAUGAAAUCUAGCGUACAUUUUGUCUAACUAUAUGUUCUUGAUUUGUGGUCUGUACAUAAUCUGUGAAUCGAGCAGAUUUGAUUUCAUCACAGUUGGCGGUAGAUGGAUGGCAAAAUCCCCUUUAGUUGGGAGCUUGCUGAAGCAAAAUCCGCUUAAUUUCUUGUUGGUAAAUUGAACGCCAUUCUUCUCAAGAAUGAUAUCCUUUCAUCAAUUCCAUGAGCAUUUAUAAUCCACGGCGGUCAUGUCACUAUGUCUGAUCUCAUGCACUUGAUCUCUUUAACAAGUGAUAUGAACACUGUAUAUUGUGUUACUACAAUUUAAAUCAUAGAGGGAAGGCUCCACUCUUUUUUUC